AUGAAGGCACAGGCAGGGCUGUCUGUCAUCCUCAUUCUUGUACCAUCUCUAAGUGGAUUUCAGGAGGAACACAGCUUCUUGAUGUGUGGUAUGUUAAGUGUUUAUCCUCAUCCACUUAUCACAUGGAAAAUGGACAAUACACCCAUCUCUGAAAGCAAUAUGGGAGAAAUUGAAUCUUUAAGUCUUUUUUAUGUUGAUAAUAUGAUAAAAAUUACAGAAUCAAAUUUAUCUUAUAAAUGUACCAUUGAAAACUCAUUGCUGGAAUAAACAUGGAUGGGAUGGACAAUGAGAGAUGACCUUCAUAAAAUGCAAAGUGAAAAUGUUUCACUAUCAUGUGAACUUGCAAACAGUAUUUUUUUUUUUUGACUGAAUCAUGAUUUCAUAGCCAGUUGGUCUAAAGUAGAAAAAGAGACCUCCUCCAUCCUGGCUUACUUUCAGAGCUCCUCAUGAAAUAUAACUAUGUAUGAACGCUGCAUCUCCUGGAAUAAAGAGCAAAUAAACCGGAGUGACUUUUCUUUGACUUUGAAGGAUCUUAGUCUUUCAGACAAUGGGGAAUACUUAUGCAAUAUUUCUUCAAGCAAAUAUAGCUUACUCACCAUCCAAACGCUGCAUGUAGUAGGAUAUGCUGUAACAUUUGAAAAGGAAGCCCAGCCUGGCGGCGGGGGCGGGGGGGAGUUAGGAUUCCUAGAAUCUGGAUCUACUUGA